AUGAGAGUUUUUUUUCAAAAAUUGUGGUGCAUUUAUGAACUGGCUGUCAGAGCCAAAGCCCGGAGCUUUGCAUCAAUGGAUUUCGCCCCCGUGUGGCUUCCAAUCUUUUGCUUGUGUAACAUUAUCACGUAUCUCCUUGGUGCCUUGAUGAACCUUCCCUGGAAACUAGAGCCUGUGGAAGGGGACCAAAGCUCAUGCUUCACACAGCUCUUUUGGUUGAUCUAUGGCUCUCCUUUAUUGUACUUCUUUUCCGCAAUUCCUAUCACCUACUUUUGCUUCCUGAAGCUCGAAUCCCACAAGACCAUGCUGGAUCAGAUGGCCUCCUUCGACCUGAGAAUGGCCAGAUGCUCUUUGGAAACUGACCGAAUCAUGAUCAGGCGACAAGUCUUGGGCUUUUUCGAUGAGGCCUUGCGACCUCCUUUGUCGGUCUCUGUUGACGAGCUACUUUCUGCUCACGCCAAGCAAACCUUCAAUCAAGAGCAAGAGCUUGAGCAUUCCGAGCAUGAGUAUCCAACGGAGCCAAACCCUUUGGAGGAAGAGGAUUGGUUGUUGGCGUGGGGGCACAGCGGCUUUCGCCAUGUCACGAGCUACCCGUCGCAGGAGGAGAUUAUUGAUGAGUUCAACGCCUAUGUGCGAGGUCCAUUGCGAGAGAAUGUCGUGCGCUCUUUUGGCCGUGAAGAUCACAUCCCUUUCAAGGUGUGCUUAGUUUCAUGCUUGCCAUGCUUCGGCACGGGAUUAGCUCUCAUCUUAGGCUGUGAUGGCCAUCGUGAUUGCCAACUUGCGGCACUAAGUCUGGGUUUCAACUCCGUGAUCCGGUAUCAGGUCACUAACGCGACCAUGACUCUCGUGUUGUGGCCUGUGAGUAAUCUCGUGGUUAUGCCCUUGCUGCUGCGAAGCAACCAACUUGUUGCAAGAGUGGUUAGCAGUCCGUCCUUGCGGUUCUUGACAGGGCUAUUCUUCUCUUCAAGCGUUGUUAGCUUGAAUGCUUGCAUUGGCAGUGUACUGUCUGCCAUGUUGCUGGUUGGUGCAAGCGACGCGACAGACACCUCACCACUGUGGUUGUUUGGAGCUUGUGUGGGUCUCGUUUUGCAGUUCCUGCUGGCGUUUAGCUUGUUUCUGGGAAGCCAAUGA